AUGUCUCGGUUUGGUGGGAACAUUAACCAUGAAGACCAACAUUUUCGCCCUGAUGGACCCUCCACGUUGAGACCAUCUGCUCCAAGUCACAGGACCCCAGUAGUUGUAGCCUCGACCAAGGACUCAUCAGGCGUCUUAAGCAAAACUGAUGAACCUUACAACACAACACAUACCCAGGAUCCACACUCAUCCAAGUUGGAAGGAAGUUUGCCCAAAUCUGCGAAUGAUCCAAGACAACGCAUUUGGGAAGAGCUUGGCAUUGUCCAGAAUAGCGGAGGCCUGCCCAUGACUCAAGGUGCGGCCAAGGCAAAGCAGGCAGCAACGCGGGGGGAAGAGACACCGACUGACAGUUCCAGUUCUUCCACUUCUUCAAGCUCCAAUUCGCGCCCACCCCAAGGGCCCAGGUCCAAAAAGGAUGCUUCUACUCUCAACUUGGAUGAUCAAGAUGAAUCAAAACAUGGGGUGAUUACAUGGGAGAUCACCAAUGGUGACCAUACGAAAAUUUAUUAUUCAGAGCCACAGGAGGGUGAGGCCGAGAAUCUUGCGAGAGAAUGGCGACACCAUUACCAGGCCAGGCUUGCCGCUCUUGAUGAGAACAACCCAGAGCAAGUACAUGAGUUCAACAAAGUGAUGGACAGAGCAGGAGGCAGAUUCUAUGGCGAUGAAUGGGAAUUUUCCCGGGUGAAUGCAGAUGGGACAAGAACAAAGCUUGACUUCAGUGAUGUGGCAUCAUUUCAGUGGUCAGAUGACUAA